UCACUAUAAAGAAAUGCUGGCAGUAGUGAAGUUUGAGUUGCAUUAAAAGAUGGAGUCAUUAAGAGAAAGAAUCAAGCAGCCUCAUGUAGUGGUGUUCCCUUACGCAGCCCAGGGUCAUAUGAAUCCAUUAAUGGAGUUUGCCAAGAGGCUUGUCUGCAGAAACCUCCAUGUGACCUUCGUCACCACAGAGAGAGCUAGAGAGCAAAUGAUACAGUCUCAAGAUGGGGUUCCAGCUCAUGUGACCAAUGCUUUACAGGAUAUCAGAAUUGAAACAAUUUCAGAAGGGGUUUCUUCUGAUUGUGAGGAGAUAAAAGAUGUAGACAUGAGAUUUGAUUUGUUGAAAAAGGUGGGAGGUCUUACAUUCGAAGGAGUGAUAGAGAGGCUCAAUUCUCAAGGCCACACAGUUUCCUGCAUUGUCUACGACGCUGUGCUGAACUGGGUUCCUGAUAUUGCAAACAAGUUCAAUGUUCCUUCAGCGUUUUUCUGGACGCAGUCAUGUGCAGUUUAUUCCAUCUAUUAUCAUUUUUAUACAGGAAUGGUGAAAGCAAAAGAUGAAACAGAGACUGUGAUAGAUGUGAUGGAAAUACCAGGGCUUCCAAAACUGUGCCAGUCAGACAUUCCAUCGUUUCUACAGCCUUCAAAUCCAUAUGAACCAUUAUUGCGACUGGUGAUGAACCAAUUUAGUACCAUAUCUCAGGCCACAUGGAUUCUGGGGAACUCCUUCAGUGAACUGGAAAUGGCAGAGGUAAAAGCCAUGGAUUCAUUCAUUCCAAUCAGAACAGUGGGCCCUCUUCUUCCCUCAGCUUUCCUAGAUGGAAAUGAUCCACAAGACCAAGAUGUUAGCACACAUCUUUGCAAAGCAGAAAAUUGUAUAGACUGGCUCAAUACAAAGGAAGCCUCAUCUGUUGUAUAUAUUUCCUUUGGUAGUUUACCUAUCCUUUCCAAAGCGCAGAUAAUAGAAAUAGCCCUUGGGUUAAAGGCCAGUGGGCAUUGUUUUUUAUGGGUGCUUCGUCUUGAUCUCAACAAAGAAGAAAAUAACACUUUACAUGAUUUUUUAGAGGGUUUUCUUGAGGAAACUAUAGAUCAAGGGCUAGUUGUGUCAUGGUGUCGACAGAUGACAGUGCUUAAUCAUCCUUCUGUGGGUAUGUUUAUCACACACUGUGGAUGGAAUUCUACAUUAGAGAGCCUCAUCUCAGGGUUACCUAUCCUAACUAUUCCUCACUGGAGCGACCAAACAACUAAUUCUAAGUAUAUUGAAGAGGUGUGGAAGACGGGGAUAAGAUUGAAUAAAACAGAACAUGGGUUAGUUGGGAGGGAUGAGGUGGAGAAAUCUAUCAAGACAGUUAUGGAAAGUGAAGAAGGUGUGGACCUGAGGAAGAAUGCUUUACAAUGGAAGAUAUUAGCAAAGCAAGCAAUGGUGAAAGGUGGAUCUUCUGAUAAGAAUAUCGAUGGUUUUAUUGAUGAAAUAAUUGCUAGAAAAGUAGUGUCUCGACAUAAUUAUUGAUUGGAACUUGAUUUCCUUUUUGUAGAGAUUCUAAAGUAUGGUGUCUCUUAUCAUUUGCAAUAUCGAUACAUUUAUUAUGUGCUUA